CAGGUACUAGCAUGGAGGCGAAGCCCGAGACGUUGUGCCGCGUCUGCGGGGACAAAGCCUCUGGAAAACAUUAUGGGGUAGCCUCGUGUGAUGGCUGCAGAGGAUUCUUCAAGCGGAGUAUAAGACGUAAUUUAGACUACGUGUGCAAGGAAAAUGGUCGGUGCGUCGUGGAUGUGACGCGGCGGAACCAAUGUCAGGCGUGUCGGUUUUCCAAAUGUCUUCGUGUCAAUAUGAAGAAAGACGCAGUUCAGCACGAACGCGCUCCCCGUCCGUCCGUCGCGGCUCAACAUCACAUGGCGCUCCAGAAACUCGGAUACAACUUCACGCGACAACAGUCUUUUAUCCCCAGCCCCGCCCCCCUGUCCAUGUCCAGCUUCCCACCGCUACACGCUUAUAAUGGACUCGUCUCCACUCUCCCUGAAGCAAGUGUACACAAUUCAUUUUUAGAAAGGUCGUCGUUUCACGAUUUCCCCGCGUCGAGACUUCCUGAAACGAUGUCAGCCGACACUUCGCAGUUGAACCCACUUCUGAGUACUCAUGUCGGCACGCUCAGUCCCCUCAAUCCAUUUAAGAUUCCGCUGUUUUCGGCAUCUCUCCAUUAUCCUGUUCCGCAUCCCGCUUACAUUCCGACAAACAUUUUGUUUCCACCCGUCCUCACAUCCGGAUCUACACAUUCUAUGGAAAAAAAGCCAGAGCCUCAGCCCACGGAAAAAAUUAAAGAAGAUGAAGUGUCUAGCUCUGAAGAAGCAUGCAAAGUUGAUUGUCAAACAGAUGCCGUCGAUAAAGAAGAUUCAAGAAAACCGCCACCUCUGUCUCCUACCAACUUUGAACCACCAGCACAUAUCGUUUCAAAGAUUUCAGACAAACGUGGCCAAACUUUAGACUAUAAGCCUUACACAUUCGUCGACUACUUGAAUGACCGUCAUAGGACCAUACAAGUAGUUGAUAACAACAAAGGAUGUUUGGACGGCAUUACAGAAAUGACAACAAAAUUCAAAAAGUAUUGUUACGAUACGUGGAAGCUUGAUGAAGAGAUGUGUGGCCCGGCUGCAAAAAUAUUGGUGUCCAGUAUAAAAUGGUUACACGGAGUUGGGUCCUUUGUUCACUUGAAACCAUCCGAACAAACGAACCUACUGAGAAGCAAAUGGAAGGAGUUAUUCAUUCUCACAGCAGCAGAAUAUCUAUUUUAUUUCGAAGAAGAUAACGAAGUCUCGUCGGCAGUUUCGAAACGACCGUAUAUCAAGGAAGAACUCAAGAAGUUAACAUAUCUCUUGGAAAGAUUAUCUCGAAAUAGACUAGACAGGUCGGAGUAUGAUUGGAUAAAAUCCACGUUGUUAUUUCGCACAGAGUCGGCGGAGGAAUCCACAUCGCAUACCGAAAUGCUGCAGGACCAGUUCUUGUCGUUCUUACAAAAGCACUGCGCUGCAAAAGACUCCGCGCGUUUCGGAAAACUGAUGCUGCUGCUACCAAGCAUCUGCUGUGCAGCUAACAGGAAAACUCUGGAAUACCUGCUAUUCCCUUCUUCAUCUCUAGAUGAUAUAAGUUCUGUUCUCUCUCGAAUACUCAUGUAUACUUCAAUGUGAUUUUUUAGAUAGUUUUGUUGUAAAUAUUAGAAAUUAAUAACUGAAUGUAUGCGCGAAUGCUAGUGACUGAAGUGAAUUGGUGGAUACUUACUAUGAAUGAACUAUAGUUCCAUAGUUCUCGCUAAACUAAAUGGUGGCUCGCAACUAACUUCCAAGCAAUGGUAUCUACGCGGAUGGCUGUUGAGUCAUGACGUACCAAAAACUGGUGUUUACAAGGCGUCAUAAAGUUUGACAAGAACCUUUCCAAGUUUCCAGUCUAUGUUGAAGUAGUGGGUAUAUUAGGACUUCAUGUAAAUAUUCAAUAGUUCGCUAAGCUAGUGUAAAUUAUCACGAUAUCUUCUUGCUGUUCUUCACCGUUGAAAGAAUUUAGGCUCUUGCUGAUCCCAGUUGACGCGAACUGAGGUUCAACUACAAUUAGCUAAAUCUUUCUGUAAAAGCUACAAUCAAGCCAGGUCACAUUUGCGAAUAUACCUAUGUUAAACAGUGGUUUCAAACUAGUAAGUAUUUAAGCGCGUAUAAAUCUGUCAAUCCACAAUGUACACGAACAUAUUCCCUAUACUCCCUCAGAGCACUAUUUUUGUCAGUUGUAGUCGCUAGCUGACCGAGCAGAUAAUCUGCUAGUUUGAAAUCGCUCUAAUAUUCUGUCUAGUCAAAAGAGCUAAGUCCAUUAAGAUAUAAGUCACUAGAAUAAUUACAAAAUAAGCUUAAUCGUAUGACAUAUUGCUCGAUUAUUAGGAAUUUUUUUCGUUCUUUAUCCCCACUUUCCCACAAUCCAUUUAUCGCAUGGUCUUCCUCUAGUUUAGCCCGCCUUCAUUCAAACUGAAAACUUGACACCAUGGUAUGAUUAUAUAUAAACCUAUAAUACCUAUAGUACGCUGAAUUUUAAUUCGACAAGGCACACGCGGUCUCCAAUUAAUGUAUGUAGGACGAGGUAGGUGAUCCGAACACAACCACAUAACCACCUAUGAUCCUAAUUCUACAGGUGCAUUCGAAGACUUUUGCUAAAAAGUUUUUCAACCAACUUCCCAAAAAAUCCUCUUCUUAAUUCCUCAUCUUUUACAUAUAAGAGGAACAGGUUACCAGAUUGACAUUGUCACCAUGAUCGCAAAGUACCUAAUCGAGAACACCUCCAUUGCAAUACAUGUAAAUGUUAAAAACUUUGUCUUCGACGGUGUGCACCAGCUACCAUGCAUUUGGGCUUAUUUUUUUUGUAUGUAAACAACAUUUAAUUUAGAAAAUCAUACUGACUUCGAUGUAAAGAGGACUAACUGCUGGAUCAAUGCACCUGUUUUUUUUUUUUUUUUGCAUUUAGCGUUUUCGGAAGUCAGUUUUAUUUUUAUGUCAAAAGGUUUUUUUGUUAUGUAGGAAUGAAUUUUAAGCAGUACACAAAAAAAA